AUGUUGGCAGCCCGAGAAGCAGCAGCGCUCUAUCAGACCGACUUUGUGCGCAAUGCCAGGGCAGUGGGUGCCCUCUGGGCUGGCUGUAGCCUCUGCUUUGGCAUCUUGGAGGUGGUGGUGCUUAUCCAGCCAGCAUGGGUACAAACAGCACCCCUCACCUACCAGCUGCCGAUCUCCGGGUCCCUCUCCGACCCCAGCGUGAGCGCUGUGGGCUCCUUCGGCCUCUACCAAGUAUGCACGGAGCAGGACGGAGUCCUCCAGUGCGAGGGAUCGCUGGUCACCCUAACCCCCAUCCCAUCUUUCAAAGCAGCUGCUGUCUUUGUCCUGAUGGCCCUGGUGCUGGUGAUGGGCAGCGUGGCCUCCCUGGGUCUCUUUUGGGUCUGCAGCGCAGGGACCGUCUACAAGGUGUGCGCCUGGCAGCAGCUUUCAGCAGCGACUUGUCAGGCUCUUGGCUGCCUGGUCUUCCCAGACGGCUGGGGAGCGCCAGAGGUGAGGGCUCUGUGUGGGCCCCAGGCCAGGAGCUACACCCUGGGUACUUGCUCAAUCCACUGGGCCUUUACUCUCGCCUUGCUGGGCAUCGCUGACGCGUUGGUUCUGGCCACCCUCGCUUUUGUGCUGGGAAACAGGCAGGACGCUCUCUUGCCUGCGGGCUACACACCACCCCGAGAGGGAAGAGGUGUGACUUCAGCGCUGACUCCAGAUUGA